GCGGACCUCGCGCGGUGCCAGGGCUGCGCCUCGCUGCAGCAGAACUUAAACGAAUAUGUUGAAGCAUUAAUUACCUUGAAACAAAAAAUUAUCAAUACUGACAAUUUGUUAACAGAAUAUCAGAAGAAAUGUGAUGAGUUGCAGUUUGCAAGAAGAGAGAACAGCACUCUGCAUCAUCAAGUGGAACAGAUGCUUCAGAAAAUUUCUCCUCUGCAGAAAUGUCAGGAAGAAUUGGGAUCUUUAAAAGCAGAGCUGGAAGAGAAAAAGAGCUCUCUGAAGUUGUAUCAGGACACUCACCAGGAAUGUGCUCGUGUAAAGGAGGAAUGCUUGAAAACCGACGCACAAAAGAAGAAACUGGAAGCUAAAGUGAAGAAGCUGGAAGAGGCUGCUGUCAAGCAAACUCAGGACUUCAAGCAACUGAGAAGUGAAAAGAAAAUACUUGAAAAGGAAUUUAAGAAGACACAGGAAAGGCUCGAUGAGUUUUCCAAACAAAAAAGGGAAAAGGAAUUGAGACAUAUUGGAACACAAAUUUCAAGUGAUUCGUAUGGAAGCAUAGACAGAAGGAAGGUAAAGCUGCUGCUGAAGGAACUCUGGCUGUGUGUGAACUCGGCACACAGGCUACCGGGCGAAGGCAGCAGAUAUGUCCCAGGAAAACCUGCCAAAGAAGACCCCAGACCCAGAGCACCUGGGGAGGAUGACACGCUCCCUCCAGCCCCAGGCAGCCCUCCCAGGCCCUCGCGUGCGCAGACAUGCCUCACGAAGCUGUCCGUGGAGAUGCAGGCUGACCGUGCUGCCUGGAGAGGUGUGGACCCAGAGCAGCCCAGUGGAGCAAAGCACCACGCCAGCGGAGUUGUUUCUGACGAGGACCAGAGUCCUGAGGGUUCACUGCCGAGUCCUGAUGACUGGGACCGGACCGACUUUGCCCGCCCUGCUCACUGUUUAGACAGAGACCUUCAGGCCGCAGUGGACUUCUUCAGACUUCCCCCCCCUCUUCUGUCUCCGGUGCCGUCCCCCCCGCGUAUGCCUUCGCCGUGCCUGGAUUCCUCAGCGUCUGUCCUCGACCCCGAAACCUACUUUGGAAGGUAUACAGAUUCCAGCGACAACGACUCUGGUCAGCAUAGAAAUUCUGCUGACUCUGUUUCUGAAGAUGAUGUACCUGAAUCACAAGAUUAUUUUGGCUUAUCCAGAAGAAAUAAAACAAGUGCGUGGGAAGAAAAACCUAGGUUCCAAGAAGCUACACAAGCUCUAAAUAAGUUGGCAGUGAACAAAGUGACAGCUGCUGGACUUGUGACUUUCACAGCAGCAUCGAGAGAGCCUUCAGCCCCAUCCUCUGGAGCUCGGGAGAAACCCUGGAUGGUGUCAUCUGGAUUCGAGAGUGAUAGAGAGAGAAAUGUUUUAGAUGAGGUGGGACGACCAGUGACAGUCAGGGAGAGCGCGGAAUCCCUGCAAGCUGGGGGCCCUCAUCAUGCUCCCGGCCAGAGUCCAUGGGGUGGGAGGUCGUCCAGCAGCCUAGCAGGAGGGAAGGACGCAGCCACAGGGAAGUCUCCCCCUCACAGGAGGCCGCUGGAUGAAUUCCGCGAGUCUGUAGGAGCAUCGUCUCCGUCCAGAAUGAAAGGGUUGCACACAUCAGAAUUUACCAAGUGGACGCUUACCGAGGGAAGCGCUUUGGAGGCAGACCGUGUAACCGGAUCUGGCCGUUUUCUGAGAGCAUCAGGAGAAAUGGCAAAGGACACAGAAGACAUGCAGGGGUCUACUUCGGGAGAAUCGCCUGAACCAGAGGAAGUCGGCAGCGACGCAGGUGGUGCAAUAGGUCCGGUAGGGCUUGAUGUUACAGCUGGCUUUUCUUCCUUUUCUACCUCGUUACCGAUGUCCGUCUGCAGUAAUCCUCACUCUUCACAGUUAGAGUGUGUUAAUGACACAGAUGUUCCAGCUACCGUAAUCCCUCCUAAACUGUGCCAUUCAGAACAGAAAUUACAGACUAAAACUUUCAACACACUACUUCUGCAGUCUGAGCCACCAGAACGCUCCAUCCGAGAAAACCCCCCAGAGAGUGGCUUGCGAGCCUUGAGCCCUGAACUGGGAGCGCCGGAGUUGAAUGAGCCGAAGGGCAGGGAGCUAGGACACACAAAGAUUGUCAGAGGCUCUACCAAAAUAUUCUCCUUUCCACAGCUGUCAGUAUUCAGGAAGGCGACAAAAGACGGACGUUGUGAAACCCAAGAUCCGAGACUAGAACUCACACUACAGAAGUCAGAUCUAGCUUUGUCAGCAGGUGCUCAGGCUGGCUUGAUCAGGAGUGGCUCUGAUUUUGGGAAAAGCACUUCAUGGCACCAUAGUGAUUUAUUAAGGAGAAGUAGUGGAGAGAGUCCGAGAGCUACCUCAGAACAUGAACAGAAGAGGAACCAUCAGUUUGAACUGGCACCCACUGGACAGAACAAAGGGGCAGCAGCCAUGCAGCACUUCCCUGGAGAAAAUAACAGUCCUGUGGAAUGCAGGGCUGCUGCUUCAUUGCUGCCUAAUCAAGUGUCAGUCAUCACAAAGCAGGCAAGACCCCAGAAGGCUCAGAGGGCUUACUCGGAGCACUUGAGACCGAGCAGGAACGAGCCGAGCUUAGCAACGGGAAGUUGUGAUAGCAGAAGCCAGGAUACAGCACCUGUGGCAGAGCGAAGUAGGGGAGGAGCGGAUACAAUCAGAAACAUUAGAGAAGUGGCCACUCAGAGAACUACUGCACCAGAAGCGUCUUCCUCUUGGAGAGCAGGAAAUUUUGAUCCUCCCAGUGGUUUUUUACCAGCAGGAGAUGUGGAUUGUUCUGUGGAUGGUAAAGUAUCUAUUUCUUCUGAAGACACUGUCACCUGCAGCCAGGCUGAUUCCAGGAAUGCUGCCUCUCAGGAUGAGGUGCAGACACCCAGGCCGUCACCUCUCUGCUUGGGUCCAGACCCAUGCAGGGCAGAGGGCACUGAGCUGCUUCCUGCCAAGGUAGCUGUGGCGGGAGGCCGCCCUGUGGAACCGGCACCCUGCCAAGGCCCUGGCACUCCAAUCACUGAGGCCCGGGCUGUUCCCAGCGAUUCCCCCCGCACAUCACAGAAGACUCACGAGUCUUCCAGGGUGGCGCCUGGAGCACCUGGUGCUGCUUUCCCGGAAUACUUUGUUACCACCAGCCUGGCCUUUUCUUCACCAUUGUGCAGCAAAGCUGACACAAGGGACAUCUCCCAGCGUGGCCCCCCGGGUGCCUCCUUCUGUUGUGCAGGGAUUCGGGAGGCAGGGGAGAAGGACAGCGAGGUGGAAGGGAGUGAGAGUGCAUUCAGCUGCAGCGAGAGUGAGCUGGAGGCUGAGGGGCUGGGUAAGGGACCUCAGGGUACAGUGGGCAGCACCCGGAAGGCAUUGGGUGACAGUGAGGCUGCGGGACCUGGGACAGGAGCUUCCCUAGAGCUGGGCGAUUUGACCUCAGCACUGCAGGAGUUUAACCUGAGUCCUUCUCCUGACAUGGACAGGCUUUCUGCAUCCGGGGUCCUCAUGUUUCUGGAGAGUUGUCAGUUAAGGGACUAUAGUUCAGGGGACUCUGUUUCAGAAUGUUCUAGCAAGGGAACCUUAGGUAAAGAAGUGGAUGGAGAGUUAAAGCUGAGGGAAGUAUCAGGAGAGAAGUGUGGUGAGCAGCCCCGUGAAGAAGAGAUGCUUAGGACCCCUGGGGAGUGGAUUGAAGCUGAAGAGGACAACUGUUCUGUGAAAGCUCCCAGCCCCCUUGCUCAGUGCUCCUUGGAAAUACAGUCUGAGGUUCUCAACAGAAUUGGACAAGAGCUUGCAACAAAUCAUGAGGACUGUAAUGGUAAUGAUGCUGGUAAUUUAUUGCUCCUAAAUAUAUAUAACAGCCUGACAAUGGAAGAUUUGAAAGACAAAGUUCCAUUCCCCCAGGAAGUGAUGCCCCACUCCCCAGAGCUGACCCUGCUACCUGCUGCCCCAGAUGUGAGAGGCAGCUCCCCUGCAAGGGAUGGGGACCACCCUGAGAGCAGACCUGAGGACAGUCCCGAGGCCACCAGGCCUGCUGCCCACGGGCAGGGCCCAUCAGAACCCGCAGAGCCAGACAUCACAUGUGGUUACCCUGCUACAGAGGCCGGGACCCAGCACAGCUCCGACUGUGAGGACGAAGGGGCCUUUCAGUGUCAGGUUCCCACAGCAACCUCAGAAGCCAUAAAUAUACUGAUCACCGAGGCUCAGAGUCUAGUCACUGACCAGGGGGACAGCUGGAUGGACAUCAGUGGCGUCGCUGUCUCUCCAGACAUGGACCAGGUUGCACUGUGUGAUACUCAGGGUCAGGGCCAGGGAGGGCUGGAGGCUGCUUUGGUUUCAGUGACUUCUGUGGAGCUGUCCCCAGACCCUGCAGUGCAGGAGCCUCUAAGUGGCAGUAAUCUAGGUGCCCAGGAGGAUGUUUCAGGCAGCGGGCCGGGCACCAACUUCGAUAAGAGCCGUUUGCGGAACAGACCUGUCAAGCCUAGUAUCUGGAUUAGUUCUCAAAUAUACGAUCAGACAUUCGAGACUCCAAAUGUCACCUCUGAUCACACAUACUAUAACUCAAAACUAGAGAUGUCUGGCAAAAAUAAGAAUCGAUCAAAGAUUUCCAACAAAGAUCAACCCAACAAACCAGCGAAGACUGUAGCACCAAGCAGAGGGGAAGCUCAUCAGAGUGAAGUUCCUCGGGCGGGUUCAGGGGACAGAGGGAACACAAAACCUCCCCGAGGUCAGACACAACCCGUUCUGGCAAAAGCCGACACGUCCACUCCCACAGACUGUCCUCUCGACACGCUGAGCAAGAUCCGGCAGGAGGUGGGGCCUCCUCUGCCACCCCUGCUGGCCCCCCUGAUAGCCACCCCUCCACGGACCUCACAGCCCCUCUCCCCUCUGAUGUCCAUCCCCAGUCCGUGCUCCCCAGCCUCUCCUGCUGACCUGAUCUCCCCCUCCUGCGAGAUUGCCGCACCUCCUGUGUUGUCUCCGUGGCCCGAAGGCCCCGGGCUGGCCUCCCCGCCGGGGCCCUCUCCGUCUCCCUGUGCUGCAAUGGCUGGGGGAAGGAUCAUGUCCUCUCCUUUGCAGUUUUGUGCAGCCACACCAAAGCACGCGCUUCCUGUGCCAGGCAGGCUGCCGCCCUGUGCACCCGGCCACACUGCUGUUGUGGGUGGCCCUCAGGAGAACUCUGUGAAAAUCCUCGACACCAUGUACCCAGAGUUGUCCGCCAGGGCCCGCACCCUCAGCAUCCUCAAAGGGAAUCUCCAGUUGUCUCGAGGUUCGUCUGUGGACGGGAAGACUUUAGCGGGGCCUGUGAGUGCACUGAUAGGAUUCAAGGCCAUCACUUCCUCCUCAACUGCUUUCGUCAAAACUGGGGGUGGCUCUGGUGGUGAGAGUCACCAGGAUAGGCCAAGAGAUAUGAGGACUCAGUCUGAUUCAGGUGGGAAGAGAACAUUGUCAGUGUCGACUCUGAGGAGCGCAAAGAGAUUGCGCCUGGGCAGUGAGUCCCCAGAACCAGAAACCCUGGGGACUGCUGCCAGACCCGACCUCCUGGGAAAUCUCCCUCAGGCAGGAGCUAAUCCUGUACAGCAGGAAGGCAGCUGUGCCUCAGCCAUCGGCCCAGUGCCCCAGGUACCUCCAAAGCCAAAAGAAACGGUGGAGUCACACGAUAAAGCCAUCGCUCAGGCACUGAAGAAAAUUGCAGAGUCCUCUUUUGAUCUGUUGCCUGUCAUUCGUAGUCACGUGUAUGUGGGAAACAUCUCCAGAAAGCCUGUAAUGAGAGACCAGGAGAAAGAAGUUGUGUAUGAGUUCAGCACAACAAAAAAGCAUUUAGCAGAGUGCUUGCUUCGCUCCAUUCUCUCAGAACUGAAGAUUCAGAGGGCAUCUGUGGACCACAAUUAUAUGCACGCCCUCUGCAGAGUGUACGUGGGUAUUUGUCGGCAGCUUGGAGACCUGGCAAGAGCUCGCCUGUUUUGCUACAGUCUGCUGAAGGAAGAUUUUCCGGAGUCUGAGAAACUGACUUUGUUUAUUGCGAACAUGUGGCAUGAUGUGUUUGUCUCUCAGUCGGUGAUUGGCAAAGCCAUGCAGCUGGUUGCCAGGCAGCGCGCCCGAGGGGAGGUUCUGAGCUGUUUGAAAGCCUUUCUCAACUGGGAAAAGAAUGCUCCUGUAGAUGUUGGCAUCAUGGUUUCUAAGCUGCUUUUGACCAUACAGUUAUGUCCAAAGACAGAAUUCCAGCCCAGUGAGAAAUUUGGGGAAGACCUGAGUGACAGCACCUGGGAAUACAUCUUCGCCAUUGAUCUGCUCUGCUCCCAUCAGAAGUGGGUUUGGACACAUGAUAACAUUAUAAGUAAGGAGCUAUGGCCUGUGAUGGAUAAGUGGAUAAAAUACAGGAAAGGACAUGCGAACGUCACAUACACCCCCGACGUUAUUAUAGCGUCCAUCCUGAGACUGAUUGGUCGCCUGGGUCAGCUGGGUUUAAAGGAAGGCUUUCCAACUACUGUGAAAAAUAUCAGUUCGGUUAUUGGUAUGUUCAUACAGCAUGCUCAGGAUGAAGAUAUCCCAUGGGGUGUGCAGUUGGCAGCUGUGUACGCUCUGUGUGACUUGAGCCCCAGCAACCCGGAGGAGAUACUGAAGAUCCUGGAAGCCUGGCGGAGGGAGACCUCCAACUGCAUCCCCUCCGCCAUCGCCAGCUGCCUGGAGGAGGUUGGCUCCCUGCAGGCCGAGGAGCUCGGAUGAGCGUGACUCCUCUGCAGAGGGACAAGUGCCUUGACACAUCCUGGCGCCAGUGGUUGUCCGGCAGGCUCCCGGCACGUGGAGGAAGAUCCAGAGGAUGGCAGCAUGAGGUACCAGUGCGUGGGCACUCUCCUCAUGGCUCCGCCGGGCCAGGGUGGAGAAUCGAGCAGUCGUGGAAUCGUUACUCCGAACGUUUAUUUCACUUCCGGCUGUUGUAAUCAUGUGACGUGUGGAUGUAUUACUGUGUUGGUCAAAUGAAAACUUGAACUUAGCCCUUUUUUUGCUGCAGAAAGUGUCCUUUUAGUGGCUUUUAAAAACUGAGUGGCAUUUUAUAAUGAAUUUAACAAUAUAAAACAUGAUUUGGUUCCUGAGCUAUUUUUAGACGUUCUGCUCAAAUGAGCGACUAGGAAAAAGCAAAUUGGCUACAAAGAAAACUAGCAGAGUCUUCCACUGUGUUAGUUGGAUAUGGGCUACAAAAGCUUUUCCCAAAAUCAGUGCAUAAUCGACCAGAGUAAAACACUGAGUGCCAUUAGCAUAAACCCAUUGAAUGCAUUUUUCUUCCUAUCACUAAAGUUCCUUAAACGUGUAACUCUCUGUCAGGAAGAGAGCUGAGCCUUGGGUUCCUGUGCCGACUCCUACUGGCACCUGUCUUGGGCCCCCAGGAGGGCAUGGCCGGCCCCGUGUGCCGUGUACAUAGGGACAGUGCUAUGAUGUGUCUCACAUUGGAUGAUGUUCCACUUGCGGAAUUUUAGUAUUUGUACAUAGAAAAUGGGUUUAAUAACUCACCGUGAUUCUGAUCCUGAUUUGUCUUAUAUUCAUCAUUUCUUAAACUCUUGUAUGUGUUUUUAUAAUAAAAAUAAAAGUAA